ACUCAUUUAAAAAUAGUAUCUGUUGAGAACCUACUACUGUGUGUCACGUAUUGUCUAGGCAUCAGGGGAAAGAACAGUCAGUCAAACAGACACUGCUGUCCUCACAGAGCUUAUGUAUUGAUUGGGAGGAGGCAGACAGCAUAUAGACAGAUAACGUAUAGUGUGUCAGAUGAAAAGCGUCAAGGGAAAAUGAAGCAGGCUAAAAGAGUACAGGGGUACGAUUGGGUGAUGGGAACAGGCAGUUGGCUAUUUUAGGUUAGAGAAAACCUCAUUGCCCAAAAUGACUUGUGAGCUGAAAUCUAAAGGAGAAAGGAAGCGAGCCUACUGGAUAUCUGGGGGAAGAGUGUCUCGAGAAUGAGACCUAACCCACCAACCCUCAGGCCAGAGCAUGUGGCAUACUUGGCAUAUUCCAGGAACUUUAAGGAAGCCAGUGUGGAUAGAGCAAAGUGAAAGAGAGGAGUGGCAGGAGGUGAAAGAAGACAGAGGUGGGGGCUCAGGGGAGGGUUGCAUAUUUCCCCAGGGCCUCGUGAGCUAUUGUAAGGGUUUUAGCUUUUACUGUAAGUGAGAAGUCUUUUGAGGGUUUUGAGUAGAGCUGGAACAUAAUCUGAUUACUUUGACUUCUGUGAAAAAACUUAGAUUGACAGGGAUACAGGGGUGAAGCUGGUAAAACAGUUAGGGUACUGUCACAGCGGUCUCAGCAAGAGACAAUAGUGGUUUAGGCCAGGGUGGAGGUGCUAAGGAGAAUACAUUCUGGAUACAUUUUAAAGAAAGAUUUGUUGAUGGAUUGGAUAUUGGGGAAAGGGAGUAAGAGUCAAAGAUGUAACUCCGAAGUUUGGGGCUUAAGAAGCUAGAAAACUAGAGCUGCCACUUACUGAGAAUGGGGAGACUGCAGAAGGAGCAGGUUUGUGAGCACAUUUUGAACGUGCUGAGUGUGAGAUGCCUAUUAUACAUCCACUUGGAUAUGUCAGAUAGACAACUGGCAACAGGAAUGUGGACUUGAGAGGUUUAAACUAGAGACAUGAAACUGAGAGUUAUUAACAUGUAAGUAGGAUUUAAAGCCCUGUGACUGGAUGAGAUUAUCUAAGGAGUAAGGACAGAUGGAGGAGAGAAGGUGUCCAAAACAGAACUCUUGGGCCCAGUGUUUAGAGGUUGGGAAGAUGAGGACAGUAGCAAAGGAAACUGUUUUUGCCAGUAAGGAAGAAGACAGCCAAUAGCAAAUGGUGUCCUUAGAAGCCUGGAAGAGGAGAGAAGGAUUAAUUGUGUCAAAUGAUGCUGAUAUCAGGUUAAUGAAGACUAAGAAUGGAUGACUGGAUUUAGCUACAGGAAGCACAUUAAUGGUCUUGAUAAGAGCCAUUUUAAUGUCAGGGAAGAGAAAGAAAGCGUGAUUGGAGUAGGAUUAAGAGAAAAUGGGUGGAACUGGCUGGGCACAGUGGCUCACACCUGUAAUCCCAACACGCUGGGCGUGGUGGCUCACACCUGUAAUCCCAGCGAGGUGGGCAGAUCGCUUGAGGCCAGGAGUUCAAGACUAGCCUGGGCAACACGGUGACACCCAAGCUUUAAAAAAUAUAUAAAAAUUAGCCGGGCGUGGUGAUGAACACCUUUAAUACCAGCUACUCGGGAGGCUGAGGCAGGAUAAUUGCUUGAACUGAGGAGGUGGAGGUUGCAGUGAGUGGAGAUGGCACUACUGCACUCCAGCCUGGGUGACAGAGGAAGAAUCUGGCUCAAAAAAAAGAGAAAAUGGGUGGAAAAGAUGUAUAGACAAUGUGUAUAGACUGCUGUCAUGAGGUGUAUUAGUGUAAAGGGGCUGAAAGGAAGAGAUGGUGGCAGGAGAGGGUUUUUAAAAUUUUUAAGAUAUAAGAUAUUGCAGUUUUAUUUGAUGGAAGCAAUCUAGAGAAAAAGGCAGAUACAAGAGUAAAAUGAGAGCAUUUAUUUUUCUUUGUUUUUUUGAGAUGGAGUCUUUUCAGAUUGGCUUACUGCAAUGUUCUGCUUCCCAGGUUGAAGUGAUUCUUGUAUCUCAACCUCCCAAGUAGCUGGGAUUACAGGUGCCCCCCCACCACGCCUGACUAAUUUUUGUAUUUUUAGUAGAGACGGGGUUUCACCAUGUUGGCCAGACUGGUCUCAAACUCCUGACCUCAGGUGAUCCACCCACCUUGGCCUCCUAGAGUGCUGGGAUUACAGGUGUGAGCCAGAUGAGAUCAUUUCUGCGCAAUAUCCUUAAGUAGGCAAGGGAGGAAGGGAUCUUCUGUAAAAGUAGAUGCAUGGCCUUAAUUAAGUGUGAGUACAGUUCAUCCAUCAAAAUAAGGUAGAAAGCAGAACAAGGAUAAAAAAACGCAGGAAACGGGUAGAUACAGUGUACAGAGUCUUUGGAAGUUAUCUUCUGGUUACAUCUGUUUUUCUCAGUAAAUAGGAAGGAUGGAAAGUGAAUAUGGGGAGUGAUAAUAGAUUAGGUCAAGGGUUAGCAAAUUAUUCCGUGAAAGGCCAGAUAGGCUUUGUGAACCAUACAGACUCUGUUGCAGUUCUUCACCUCUGCUGUUAAAAAUGAGCUUUCCUUUUUUCUGAUGCAUUUUUAUGUUUUAUGUACAAAAACUGAUGGCAAGGCUGGAUUUGGCCCAUGGACCAAAAUUUGGCGAUAUAAUGAAAUAGGGACAUUGCUACUUAGCACUACAGGAUCCCCUGAAGAGUAUAUAGAUGAUAAAGCCCCAGUGACCGAUACAAAUAUUCCAUCGCAUCUGGAACAGAUGUUAGAUAUACUGGUUCAAGAAGAAAAUGAACGGGAAUCUGGAGAGACGGGGCCAUGUAUGGAAUACUUGCUCCAUCACAAGAUCUUGGAAACAUUAUACACCUUAGGAAAAGCUGAUUGUCCUCCAGGAAUGAAACAGCAGGUUUUGGUUUUCUAUACGAAACUCCUGGGAAGAAUCCGGCAGCCGCUGCUUCCACACAUUAACGUGCACAGGCCAGUGCAGAAAUUAAUUCGACUCUGUGGCGAAGUCCUUGCAACACCAACAGAAAAUGAAGAGAUUCAGUUUCUUUGUAUCGUGUGUGCAAAGCUGAAACAGGAUCCCUACCUGGUUAACUUUUUUCUAGAGAAUAAGUUGAAAUCAUUGGCUUCCAAAGGAGUACCAAAUGUAAUUUUGGAAGAUACGUUAAAAGGUCAGGAUUCCUUGUCAACAGAUACAGGGCAGUCUCAUCAGCCAGAGGAACUAGCUGGUGCUGCUGGAAUGGAGCAAACAGAAUCAGAAGACGAGCCUCCUCAGAUGGAUGACCUGUCCACAAGCUUGGAUAACCUCAGUGUCAGUUCACUGCCAGAGGCCUCAGUUGUUCGUCCAAACCAGGAUUACAAUUUAGUGAAUUCUUUGUUAAAUCUUACUAGAAGUCCUGAUGGCCGAAUAGCUGUGAAGGCAUGCGAAGGCCUGAUGCUGUUAGUAAGUUUGCCAGAGCCUGCAGCUGCAAAGUGCCUUACACAGAGCACUUGCUUGUGUGAACUACUGACAGACAGACUUGCCUCCCUGUACAAGGCCCUACCUCAGUCAGUGGAUCCAUUAGAUAUUGAAACUGUGGAAGCAAUUAACUGGGGCUUGGAUUCAUAUAGUCAUAAAGAAGAUGCUUCAGCAUUUCCAGGAAAACGAGCCUUAAUUUCAUUUCUUUCCUGGUUUGAUUAUUGUGAUCAACUCAUUAAGGAAGCCCAAAAGACUGCUGCUGUUGCUCUUGCCAAAGCUGUUCAUGAAAGAUUUUUCAUUGGUGUUAUGGAACCUCAAUUAAUGCAAACUUCUGAGAUGGGUAUUCUCACAUCCACUGCUCUGCUUCAUCGCAUCGUUCGGCAAGUGACCUCUGAUGUUUUGCUUCAAGAAAUGGUGUUUUUUAUCCUUGGAGAACAGAGGGAACCAGAAACUCUGGCAGAAAUCAGCAGACAUCCUUUAAGGCAUAGGUUAAUUGAGCAUUGUGAUCACAUAUCUGAUGAGAUAAGCAUAAUGACAUUACGAAUGUUUGAACAUCUUUUACAAAAACCCAAUGAGCACAUUCUUUACAACUUGGUCUUGAGAAAUCUUGAAGAAAGAAAUUAUACAGAAUAUAAACCUUUGUGCCCAGAAGAUAAAGAUGUGGUAGAAAAUGGAUUGAUAGCAGGAGCAGUAGAUCUGGAAGAAGAUCCAUUAUUUACUGACAUUUCACCAGAAAACACUUUGUCAAACCAAGAGUGGCUUAGUUCUUCACCUCCUGCUACUCCAGACCACCCCAAAAAUGAUGGGAAAACUGAAGUUCAUAAAAUUGUAAAUAGUUUUCUCUGUCUGGUACCGGAUGAAGCAAAAUCCUCCUACCAUGUCGAGGGCACUGGAUAUGACACCUACCUCCGAGAUGCUCAUAGGCAGUUCCGGGACUACUGUGCUAUCUGCUUAAGGUGGGAGUGGCCUGGGUCUCCAAAAGCAUUGGAAAAGUGCAAUUUAGAAGCAGCUUUCUUUGAAGGUCAUUUUUUGAAAGUGCUAUUUGACAGAAUGGGAAGAAUUCUUGAUCAGCCAUAUGAUGUAAACUUACAAGUGACCUCGGUGUUAUCUAGACUUUCUCUCUUCCCUCAUCCACACAUCCACGAGUACCUUUUGGAUCCUUACGUGAACCUCGCCUCUGGCUGUAGAUCUCUCUUCUCUGUAAUUGUCAGGGUUGUUGGAGACCUUAUGCUUCGAAUCCAGCGUAUUCAAGACUUUACUCCCAAGCUUCUGUUAGUCAGAAAGCGAUUACUUGGUUUGGAACCUGAGGGCCCUAUUAUUGACCACAUCACACUGCUAGAGGGUGUGAUUGUGUUAGAAGAGUUCUGUAAGGAGCUGGCGGCAAUUGCAUUUGUGAAAUACCAUGCUUCCUCCACACCGUAAAUAACGUCUUUCAAGUAACUAGGGGAACAGAACUACUGUGUACAUGUCAUCAAAAAAGACUCAGUUCCACCCAGCCACAAGAGGAUAAAAAAGCCUUUCCUUUUUAAACAUAGUAUUGCUGUAAACUGGACAGAACCAUUAAGAACCCAUUGAGUGGACAUUCUGGUAAAAUGUUGUAUAGUGUUGUUUUCAUUGGCUUUAUCGUAAUGGUUCUAUAAUAUAAAAUUGCACAUUGUUGAAUCCAGGAUACAAUCAAAGGAACUUCAGGAAAUAAGCGUUUCUAAUGACUGUUUGAAAAGCUGCAAUAUUUCUGAUGUCAUGACUUUGAUGAUAUUUCUGUUAUUUUAAUAUCCUUUUAGGUAGCAAGGCAUUUUGACAUUCUCUGGGACUCAAUUGCAUAUAUUCUUUUGGAUUAAUAAGUAGCAAAAAAAUCACUAAUUUUAUAACUUUUUAAGGUCAGAAUUCUUAUCAAACAAAAUAUGAAAAAAACUGUACAUGAGGAAAAAAUACAAUUCAGAAACCAUUGAAUUAAUUGAUUAUAGGAUAUAAAAACAUGUAGAGCACCAUUAACUUUCUUCAGCUUUUUUAAGAAUAACAAUUUAAUAUGAUAAAGAAAUUCUUGAUUAAUAUAUAUAUUUUUAAAGAAAUGUUCUUUUACUCUUUUGUGCACAUAGCCAUGUUAGUGAUUAUUUUUUUCAUGUAUGGGUCCCAGUUUAUUUCAACUGUGUCAUUUUCACAACAAUGUUGAAUUUAUGCUCACCAUUGGUAGUGUUUGCUAAAAUUGUAUUUUUUUAAGCUAAGUAACGUGUACUGGGUCACAAACCUUUCUCCCCCCUCUCCCUCUCAGAAAAUUGCUUUAUAAAAUUGCUUUAUAAUUUGAUUUUCUUAUCGAAACGCAUGGUGGUGUUUAGGUGGGGAGCUGACUGAUAAUCUGUAAGCAGCAAUCAAAAUGCCAUUGGCUCCUUGAUGUUUACAUUUUUUUCUAUUUUGUCCAGUCUUUUGUUUUAAGUGAUUCUAAAGAGAUUAAAGAAAACAGACUUUUAAAUGUCCUGUUUACAUGUUAAAGGAUUUGAGGAAAUUGGGCAUGUAUGUGAAUGGGUAUACAUGUAGGAACCUGUAGUUGAGCAAAGCUGCGCUGGGCACAGCAUGCUUCUACUUGAUUGACAAAAUCGUGUUUGCUAGUCCACUUCCUAUUUUUCCUUUAAGUGAUGCUGAUCACUCAAAUACUGCUUUUAAGCUAUUGUUUGUUUUUAUUUGAAAUGUUAAGCAGCAGCACUUUCCUCUUGAUCUUUCCAUUAACUGAUAUUUGUGGGGAAAGGCUAUCAAAGGUUCCAGCUUGUAGGGAACUGUCACUACCCCCUUUAGGAAGUGAUUUCAUGUAGCAUGUUUGCAUAUAUACAUUGUGUGGCGUGUGCAUAAAGGCUUGUCUUACACCUGUCUGCUCAUUUUGUUGUAUUAGCUUUUCUGGUUUAUUUUAUAGUUUGUUUUUGCUAUUUAUUAAGAACAGAAUAUCAAAAGAUUAUGAAUCGCUUCAGCUCUAGAAUACUUACCACUAUUAAAACAGCAAAAAAGAUUACACUUCUAAUUUCAUGCAAAUCUUUGUUAGCUUAUUCUAAGAUAAUCAUUAAGCAAAACAAAGAAAAAACAAAAGUGGGAGAUAGUUAUUUUGUGCAUGAUUUUCUUUAAGUCAUUUUGAAUGCUGUGAAGGCAUUAUUCAGUUUGCUGUAUUUUUUAAAUCACUUUGUACAAGGAACACUUCAACAUUUCCAUUUCUAGAUGUAGUGACAGUCUACUUUGAUGUACGCGUAUUUAAACUAAGGCAUUAAGAGAUACUAGGAUUUCUUAAUGUUUCACUAGUGCUCAAUAGGUGUAGUAGCAAUGAUAUUACCUCUGAAACCAAAUACUCUUUUAUCCUUGAUUUCACUAUGGGACCUUAUAACUAAUCCAUGAAACCAAGCUCAGAAAAGCUUUAACUCAUAUAUUUGUGUAUGUGUAUGCUGCUUCUGAAAAUAUAAUUUUCCUAAGUUAUUGUAAUGACUUUAAUUUGUAAUCAGCUAAGGCUUAAUAUUUCAUUUCUUUUUCUUUUCUUCUUUUUUCUUUUAUAUGUAGUUCAGACCUAGAGCCAGUACAAGCUCUCACAGUGAGUUCAUUUGUUAGUGAAACACUGUACUGCAUCACUAGUCUUUCUUACUGUCUGCUGACAGCUGACUGUUUGUUACUCAGUACUUGCAAAAACAAUGACUAAGAUGCCCUGUGUUGAGUGGAAAGCACCAUCAUAACAAUUGAUUGCCAUAGGAAGUUCCAAAGCGAGUUUCAGCCUUGCUUCACAUUGGUAUCAAUAUGCACAUUUUAAAAAACUUUCUCACAAUAUAGUCUCUGGGUCUGUUUUUAGUUAUGAGCCACAUUCUUUACUGGAUUGAACUCAGAUUUGUCUUAGCCUAUUGUCAUAUAGUACUCACCUUCUUACUAUGUAACAUUCUCAUAAUGUAUCUGUUUGUGCAAUAUGGAAGCUGUGAUUGGAUUCAUAGCUUUUUGGUUUAAUUGUACAUUAUUGGGUAUGUACAUAUGUAUAUAUGUAUAUAUAUGAACCAAAAUUCUUAGCUCGCUUACACUGUUGCUAGUGUAAAGAUUGUUACACUUAAUUUUACAGGGCACGAAUUAUGGAAUUACUUCAUAAAUUCAUGGUAAUGUUAACAUAAAUUAUUGCAUUAGUGUACAAUUACCAUUUAAUUAUGAAGUCCAUCAGUAUUGACAGAAGAAGUUACAAUGAAAUGCUAAAACCACAAAUUCUAUUUUGGGUUGUAUAGUAAAUCAAAUGUGCAUGUCAUAGUGACACUUGAUGUGUUAAAACAUGGUAGAUGAUCACAUUUCUGGGCCCUGUAAAAUAGUGUUACUGUAAUACUCUGUUUUGCCUCCUGCCUUGUUUACAUUAAACAGGAUAUUUGGUAAAUUUUUUGUAUUGAGCGUUGUGUAGGUUACUGACAGUGUUACCAGAGUCUGAAAUUCUUGGUCCAUCCGUGGAGAGACUCUUCAGAUGGUCAUUGUGUACCUACUCUCUCUUCAAAGGAAGUUGUGAUCAAGUUCAACUUUUUGUGCUAACAAUGCAUGCAGGACUAAGAGGGAUGAUCUUAAAAAUAAAUAACAUAACUUAAACAAAA